CCCAACCGAGACAAACAGCCGCUGGAUAGGGGGAAACUGUUCCGCAGGUGUCCUCUGCUGAGGAUCCUUUCAUAUUUCCAUAUUUGAUACUCAUCCUUUGGACCUGAACCUGCCCUUGAGUCAGUUAGCCAUGGUUGCUCCAGUGUUCUCCAUACUGGGGUACAUCUACUCUCUUAGCCUCCUGCUCCUGCUGCUGCCUGGUUGGAGCCAGGGCAGUCCCAUCAUGUCCCCUGAGGAGCCUCGACGGGGCCCGGGGGCCAGGGAUCUGGUGGAUACCUCCAUGUUGGAGCAGGAUCAGGAUGUAGACCUGGACAUGCAGGACUUUCUGGGUCAGUUUCUCUCUACGUUGAACCUCACAGAACUGGGGCCCCGGGCAAGGCCCCGUGCCGCCCGUAAAGAGCCACCAGAAUACAUGCUGGAACUGUACAACCGCUUUGCCAACGAUCACAAAGCGGUGCCCUCUGCCAACAUAGUUCGUAGUUUCAAGAAUGAAGAUUCCUCCCCCUACAGUGUGACGGUCAGGGGCAUGAGGACACACCCCCUGCUGUUCAACAUCUCCAUCCCCCACCAUGAGCACAUCUUCACCGCCGAGCUCCGCCUCAACACCCUGGUCCAGAGGGACCGCAGACGCUACGCCGGCCUUGACCGCAAGGUGACAGUCUACAAGAUACACAAGGGGGGGCACUGGAGGAAAGAAGAGGGGAGGGACGGAAAAAGGAAUGAGCAGGAGACAGCCGAAAUUGAGGAAAUGGAGGAGAUGGAGGAGCUGGCAACCCGGCACAUCUACGGUAAAGAUGAUGUCUGUGUUACCUUCGACCUGACCAAUCAGGUCAACCUUUGGCGGAAGGAAGAGAGCUCCACCCACCGACUGGAGGUCCACAUUGCAAGUCUGAGGUGCAAAGGUGGGAAGACCCGCCAGGAGGUCAGAAAAGAGGAUGGAAGGAAAGAGUUGGUUGAUGUGGAUGUUGACAUGGGCUCGGAUGGUAAACACAAGCCAGUGGUGAUUGUGUUCUCAGAUGAUCAAAGCAGAGACCAUCGUGAGGAGGACAAGGGGGAGCUCAACCAGAUGAUGGAACAUGAGAACGACCUGCCGGCUGACCUGGAGCUGAGUCCACACGGGAACCGGGGGGACCAGGCUGGGAGCGAUGCUAGGAACACUGGUGGAGAGGAGCUGGAUGAGGAGACUCUCAUGCAACUGCACUCCAACCUCAUUUACGACACUCCUCUCCGAAUCCGCCGCAACGCCAAGGGUGACCCCUGUAAGAAGAUCCCUCUCUAUGUGGAGUUUAAGGACAUUGGCUGGGAUACCUGGGUCAUACAGCCCAUGGGCUAUGAAGCCUACGAGUGCAAUGGUGUAUGCAGCUACCCUAUGACCUCUGAGGUCUCGCCUACCAAGCACGCCAUUGUCCAGACUCGGCUGAGUAGUAAGAUUCCACAGAGGGUGUCACCAGCCUGCUGUGUUCCCACCAAGCUACAGCCCAUCUCACUCCUUUACGAGGAUGGAGGAGUGGUCACAUACAAGCACAAGUACGAGGGCAUGGUGGUGGCAGAGUGCGGCUGUAGAUAGUCAUAGAACUGACUGAAGGUUCAGGAGAGAAUUAUAGAGACUUUGGAUUAGCAUAGACUGAUUUCACCAAUUUCAUCAAUUUCACUAUCAAAGAAGAAAACCAGAUCAAAAGUGCCGAUUUGAAAAUAACACAUCCAUUUCCACAAGCAUCAAGGAUACUUGCUUUGUGAGCUAGAAACAGACAUAUAGUAGUUUAUAAACAUAAUGAAUACAGUGUACCAUAUUUAGGGCAUGAAUCAUUUCUAUAUACAGUAUCUAAUGAACACGCAGCUUCAACUACAUUUUAAGAUAAAGAUAAACAGUGGAGGAGUAAAUAGGAAGAUGACAGAGCAAAAGGGUGCAUUAUAUGAUGGGAAAUGUGCCAUUUCUAAAAGUACAUUUCCUAUUAUAUGGAGAUUAUAUAAAAUGCUAUUUUACAAUGCCAGCAAUAUAAUGUAAUUUUGUAAAACAAAAGAGAAACACAAAAAAAGAUGUGGAAUGUGAAUAUUAUGCUGUUCUUUGUGGUAUGUAUAUGUUUGUCAUCUUACAUUUUACUUUUAUCAUGACGAUUUAUUGGUAUGUACUGUCAGAUAUGCACAAAACUCUAUUGGUUUAAAUGACAGAAAAUGAUAACAGAUAACUCCUACAUGUACAGUAUAUAUACAGUGCAUCCGGAAAGCAUUCAGAGCCAUUGAGUUUUUCCACAUUUUGUUACAUUACAGCCUUAUUCUAAAAUUGAUUCAAUUGUUUUUUUCCCUCAUCA